AUGACACUUGAGGGCGUCCAUGACGAUCCCUGUCUAUUUGGAGGUGAAUACUACCGACAAGAAGACUCAGGCAUCAGCAACUCGGUUUCUGUUACGGAAUAUCAUCGCUGUUUGACGGCAGCGGCUCUACACUUACUGACUGACGGUGCGGACAUCUCAUUUUCGAUAAUUCCAGCGACCAGGUGUGGACCAGGUGCGAUCUCAUCUCCCAGCACGAGAUCCUCGCUUCCUCUCCGGUGCCAGGAUUUGGAAUUCGUAUCAGCGGGGUCGGGCUAUGCCGGACGCUACGUUUAG